UUCACGUCAGCAAGGUGCUCGUUGUGUUAGUAGAGGGCGCAUUGAUCGUAAUUAAUUCAAUCUCAUAUUCAUUUCCAUAUCGAGGCAAGUAAUCUUUAUUUGUCAUGGCGGGACACUGAAGCGCACAUGUCUUCCCAUCAAACACAGUUCAGAAACAUAGAUUACAUUAAACUGAAGAAAACUUAGAAAGAAAAUAAAAUUCAUUAUGGCUUCUCCAACUCCCUCACAGAGUGAUACUGUCACUACAGCAUCUACAACCUCAAACUCCUCUGAUAGUGAGAUGGAAAACGCAGGACCCAACACAAGAUGUUCAAUUUGUCAUGAAACAUAUACCAUACCUAAAGUACUUACAUGUUUUCAUACAUUCUGUCAACCAUGUCUCGAGAAAACACAAGAAGUAGCAGAUAAAAUCACAUGUCCAGAAUGUCAACAAGAUACGUACCUGGGAGGUCAAGGUUUAACUGGACUCCUACCUGAUUAUGCUGUCAGCAAUCUCCUUGAAACAAAUGCAUUAGAUACGAGUGCCUUACAUUGUACAGGCUGUAAAAGUAAAGAUACAAAUGCUGUGGCUAGAUGUUUUGAUUGUGCCAACUUUCUCUGUGCUAACUGUGUGAUGGCACAUCAGUUCAUGCACUGCUUUGAGGGACAUCGUGUGGCCAGUUUAAGUGAGUUGCAGGGAAACAAAGAGGAUAAGACUGAGAAAUCAAUAUACUGUCCCAGACACAAAACUGAUGUCCUCAAAUUCUUCUGUAAAACAUGUCAGCAACCCAUCUGUAAAGAAUGUACCGUGUUCGAUCACGGUCGGGGACAUGACUGUCAGUUUAUUAUGGAUAUCGGUGAAAAACAACUAGAGAUGAUGCAGCAUAUUAACAAUGAUGCCAAACUUAAAGCCAACGAGCUACGCAUGUCAGCAAAAGGAAUCGAACAUCUCUCAAGCCGUCUUCAAGUGCAGUAUCACAAAGCACAGAAUGAUAUCAACGAUACAUACAACUUCUACAGAGCCAUGUUAGAAGAGAGAAAACAGGAGUCAUUGAAAGAGUUAGAUCAAGCAUACAACACAAAACAAGUGGCCAUUAGUGGCCUGGCAACCAAAAUACAGGACAACAUAGAUCGGUUGUAUCUUGGUUGUGAAUUCUUAGAGAAGAUUUUAAAGUAUGCCAGUGUUACAGAAGCCCUUCUGUUCAAGAACCUUGUUGAACAACGAUUCCACAACAUGUUCAACUUCUGUCCAGAUCUGAACAACCAGUCGUACAUAGAUAUUGAGUUUGUGUCUAAUUUCCAGGCCAUUACUGCCGGAGUACGUAAUACCUUUGGCUACAUCCGUGAAGGCAAUGGUGAUAUGAAUGGACCCGUACAGAAACCUCAACCAAUCGCAAGGCCUAAUGGACUCGUGUCCACUUCACCACCUCUCACCAAUGGUCAUAACAUCUUUGAAGCUCCACCAUUGAACAAGGAGUUUGGUUCUCAGAAUAGUUUGGUUUUCCCAGCAAAUGAUACCAAUAUGUAUGAGAAAUGGUCCAAUGGACUUGACAUCUUUCAGAAUGGAAUUGAUGUAUUCUCAACUAGUGCCGAUCCUUUGUUUGACUUGACAACUAAACUUAAUUUGAGCGGACUCUAUCCACCAAAAUCUCAGAUCAAACGUCAAAAGAUGAUUUAUCAUUGUAAGUUUGGUGAAUUUGGAGUGAUGGAAGGACAAUUCACCGAACCAAGCGGUGUUGCUGUAAACGCACAGAAUGACAUCAUUGUCGCUGACACAAAUAAUCAUAGAAUUCAGAUAUUUGACAAAGAAGGCAGAUUUAAGUUCCAGUUUGGAGAGUGUGGCAAGAGAGAUGGACAGUUACUUUACCCAAAUCGAGUUUCUGUCGUCAAGUCAUCAGGUGAUAUCAUUGUUACUGAAAGAAGUCCAACCCAUCAGAUACAGAUAUACAACCAAUAUGGACAGUUUGUACGUAAAUUUGGAGCCAAUAUUCUUCAACAUCCAAGAGGGGUUACCGUUGACAACAAAGGCAGAAUCAUUAUCGUAGAAUGUAAAGUCAUGCGAGUUAUCAUUUUCGACCAGUUUGGAAAUGUCAUUCACAAGUUUGGAUGUUCUAAACACCUUGAGUUUCCAAAUGGCGUUGUCGUGAAUGACAAAGAAGAGAUCUUCAUUAGUGACAACAGAGCUCACUGUGUUAAAGUUUUCAACUAUCAAGGUGCCUAUCUUCGUCAAGUUGGUGGUGAGGGUAUAACCAAUUACCCAAUAGGAGUAGGAAUCAACAGCGCUGGCGAGAUUCUGGUAGCAGAUAAUCAUAACAAUUUUAAUCUCACAAUCUUCACCCAGGACGGACAGUUAAUAAACGCAUUGGAGAGCAAGGUUAAGCAUGCCCAGUGUUUUGACGUGUCCCUGAUGGAUGAUGGAUCGGUAGUUCUGGCCAGCAAGGAUUACCGCUUGUAUAUUUAUAGAUACGCUCAGAUUCCAGGAUUAGGGAUUUGAUUCAUGAAGGAAGCCAUUUUGUUUGAAGUGUUCAUUGGACUGACGCGGAUAUCUGACUAUUACUGGCAUUGAGCAGCAAUGUUUACCAAUAGUAUCCAGUUAAAGAGAAAGUGAAGGUCAAGAUGUCAAAGCAGAUCUGUUUAAUUAUACUAACAAUUCAGGACACUGGAUUUCUGUACACAGAGAAUACAGUAUGUUGUUGUUUUUUUUACUAGCCAAUUAUGAACUAGUCAUAAUCAUUGAGAUAUUUUUUGUUUGUCAAAUUUUACAAGAAAAAAAGAUGACAGCCAUAUUGGCAAAAGACAUUAAUGUAAUGAGCAUAUCUGAUGCAUGUCAAUUUUUGUAUGAUUUGCCUAAGUGGCUAUUUUUUCUAAUGCAUGUGAUUUUUUUACUGUUAAAAGAUCAGUAUUUCAGUACAAAUGCCUGUCGAUCAAACUGGUAAUUAUAUAUAUGAAAUUAGAACCGUAUUUUGAUGGCAUGAAUUUCUUUGUAGCAGAAGUCAUUCUUGUGCUAUAUUUAUGUGAUAGCCGUGUUUUUUGUUGUGGCAUUCAUAAAUUUAAUUUGCCCGCUUUGUAAUUUUUGUAUGUUAUCAAAUUAUUUGCAUGGUGUUGACAAUUUAGAUAUUUUGUGUUAUUUUAUAUAUAUCUGUUUGGUUACCAUGGUUACUAUAAUUAUUAUUUUGUUUAAUAUUUUCCUUUAGUUAAUUGUUGGUGUUUUCAAGAUAUUAUAAUUUAUGUUCAUAUAGAUUAUUUACUUGUUCAAAGGAGUUACUCCCCUUUGAAGCUACCUCAAAGUAAACAUUACUGAUCAAAAGUCAUUAAAAAAUAGUAUUAAUUGCAAACAAUUACAUUUUAAAAGAAAAAGGUACAAAAUCUGCUUAUUUUUAAGUAGACAAUUCACAGAUAUGAAUAUAGGUGAAGGUCAAAUAAAAGUUUCUACCCAUAUUUACUAGAAAUUGUAGAAACCAUAUUAAUUGUGAAGGUAAUGUUUAGAAUCUAAUUUUUAGCAUGAUCUGAAUUUUUUGAUGCAAUUUAGUAAAUUUCUGUGGUUUAAAACGGUACUUCAUUUUAUACAUUAGGAAUCUGAAGUUGUUAAAACAUUGCACAUGUUGAAUGACUGCCACACAAUUUAUUUGUUUUAUUUCAUCAUGUGCUGGAACAAGCACGUUUUUAAUAGCUUUAAUUUAUUUGUGAAUUUGUGCAAUGGGUAUUGUACCAUAUUUUGUUAGCAAGUUCUUAAUUGUAAUUUUAAAAUUUGUAAAAUGAAAAAUGAAUGAAACUUAAAAUGAAUGACAGUCUCUUUAAAAGAUAAGCCUUGAGACAAAUACUCAAUUUGAGACGAUUAAAUGUACAAACAAGAUGUUUUCAUUAUAUAGGUUGCUGGCAUUAUUAUUAUUAAGUGGACAAAGUCGGUGUUUUUGUACAAAUUUUGAUAAUUUUCUAAGAUAAUUUUUUAACGUUUUUUGUAUUGAUAGUCCUGUUAUUAUAUAAGUGUAUAUUUGAUAUACACUGGGAAACAAACAUGCAUGCCAUAUAGUCUAUUGUUGUCUUUGAAACAAAAAACAAAAAAAGAAAAUACAAAAAAAAUGCUUUGUGCUAUAUAAUCAGUGUUUAGCCAUGUUACAUGCCAGAAAUGGUAUAAUAGCGUUAGAUUUUUUAACGUGUUUAUAAUUGUAAUAUGAUUAAGGCUGAUCAUGAGACGUGGGAAUUUUUCUUGCAGUUACAAAUGAGGUUAAAAAAUUGUUACAUAAAAUGUUUAAAAAAUGGAUAAGUCUUUAAGGAUCACAAGUUUAUAGAUAUUUAAAAUUAAUGUAUCUCAUUUAGCAAGAGAAAUUCCUGUUGUCGGUUGUUGCUCAUAAUGAAUUGUGUUCAGGGCGUGAAAUAUUUUUCUAUAAGUUAGCUGUUAUUGUUGAUAGGGGUUGUGUGUUACCAUGGUGUCUUCCUACAAAUCUAUAUUCAUGUUUCCAUGGGGAUUUGGAAGAACAGAUUUCAUAAAGUUGUUAAAAAAUAUAUAUCCAUAAAUAGACUGAAAUUCAUUUUUGGAAAAUUUUCAAAAUUCAUUUAUAUUUUAAACAUUUGCCUUAUGUUCUGAGAAGAAAUAUCCAACAAGAUAAAUUUCAUAUUUUGGCCAUGGAAAAUGAAUACUGGUUGUACAUUGAACUGUUUUAUCUAAGUUACAGUUCAUUGCUGUGAAUUCGUUUGUAUUAAAUGGGUACCAGUUUUACCAGAUUACAAUUCAACAAUUAAAGCCAAAUUAGAAGCUCCAGCCACAGUUGACAACCAUUCUGUGGAUUACAUCAGUAAAAUUAAAUUUGAUUGGGUAACAACUUGAAUUGAGGGAAUGUUAUGAAUAAGGGAAGAAAGGUUAGAUAUGCUUUGUAAAUACAGCUGGCAUGUUUAGGGUAGGUGUUGGAUUUUUUUGUUGAAAUUGGUAUCCUUUAAAACUUAUGUCUUCUCAGUAACGGUUGAUGUUUUCCCAAAAACACUACAAAAUAAUACAUAUGAGAAAGCCUUAAUAUUUUACAACGGAAAUUUUUCGUCAAAAAAGUGGAACCACUCUGCUGUUGUUAUUCGUUAUAAUUGUGCUAUUUUGACUGUUUUUUGUUAUGUAACCAGUGACUUACAUGCACUUGUUUGCAUCAUUCGGCUGGUGCUCAAACCAUCCUAUCAUUUUCAUUGUAGACUUCAGCAAAUUUAUCUCUGGAAUUGUCUCAAAAUAAUUUACCAAAGGGUUUCACAAGUUUGGUUUCUGGAUUCUCCCUUUUUGAAAAAAAUAGUUAUAUGUUCAAACUAAUGUUUUAUAACCAAACAAAAAGAAAAGCAUUUUAGCUUAGAGCUUGUUGAUUUCUUCAAAAUCAAUUUGAAACUGAGAAGCUUAAUUUACUGAAAUUCUAAACAGAACAGAGACUUCAAAAGCUUAAUGGUAAUAUUUUUUAUCAAAAUACAGAAUUCAAAUUUACACAAGCCUUGUAAAGUAGAUCACUUUGGAGAAAAAUAAAUUUUGAGAGUUAAGAUUAAACUUUCCACCUUAAUAAAAAGUUAAAAGAGGAUAUACGAGAAUCAGUGUCCAUAUUAAAGCUAGAUAAAUUGAUGUUUUGUUUCCAGAGAAAAAUAGUGUAUGAACAUUCCCAUUAAUAAGCCACCACACCUUUCAUUAGGAGAUCGACCAAUGAAGUGAGGAGUCACUCAUAAUCAGAGAUUUAAAUAAUUGCCUCAGUUAUUUUUUUGUUGUUAUAAUUUAUUUUGCCAGUUGUUAUUACAAUUAUAUUAUUCAUUGCUUUAUUUAUCAAUGGAUGUUUCCAUGGAUACGGUCGUUAAGAUGUUUCCAUGGAGAAUGUCAGUAGAUGUUUGUUGUUAAUAUAUAUAUAUGAAUUCCAUGUUUUCUUGUAAGAGUUGUCUCAUCUUAUGUUUCUGACAAGAACGAUCUGCUAUAAACUUUUUAUAUAAUCUGUACUUCCCAAUGUUAUACCUGUACAUCUUGUUGCAUCUUAGCACAGAAGUGCAUGAAUAAAUUAGAAGGGUUAUUCUUUAAGAAUAGAAAAAAAAUCUGUAAUUUGUGUCAAGUCCAACUUAGGAAGUUAACAACUAUGUAGACUUUAUGGUUGCAGGUCUCCAGAAAUGACAAUUAUGAUCCUUAACUAGAAACUUCACAAAGGAUCAGUUGAGGUGCUCCCUUAGAUUUAGCAUUAAAACAAAAAAUUUAUAAAAACAAAAAAGUAAUGCUAUUCAGAUCCUUAUUUGAACAUUUAUGCUAUAUGCAUACCAUGGUUACAAGAUUAUUUAACCACUAGUCCAUACACAAUAGUCUGUAUUGAACUAGUUGAGGUAGUUAUGGAGAUGUUUCCAUGAAGUUAAUUGUAGUUGUGGAGAUGUUUCCAUGGAGUUAAUUGUACAAUAGACAAGUGCCAUUUUUUAAUGUUUGGUUUGUUUUUUGUUUAUUUAUUUUGGAGUGUUAUGGUGAAUGGUUAUAAAAGUGUCCACUUUCUUGUCAAAUCUUCUUCAUUGCUGUUGUUAUACAUUACUGUAGUAUAGCCAUUUAUUCAUUGUAUAUAUGUUAUCUUAAUUGUCCCAUUAGUUGUCUCCCCUGUAUAAAUGUAUGAUAAUUGUCUCCCUUGAUAAGAACUCUUCUUAUUAAAAGAAAAUGAUACAUUUUAUUUUGAGAAGAGGGUCAUGAAAUUAAAAUGAGAAAUUUAAUUACUGGAUCGGUAAUUGAUGCUAAACAUCAGUUUUUAAACAGGAAAAUGCCUGUUGCCAAGGUUACAGGAUGACUUAAUGGGAUAAAUAGGGUAAAGAUUGUCUGUGAUUUGUGUGUGAAUUUGAUGACCAGUAUAUUUUUUACUUCAGGUUAUUUUAUUUUUGUUAUUUCAAAAAAGUUAAGAAAAAUCAUUAUACGGAAGAAGCAAUUAUAAAGCAAUAUUCACUCUGAUUUUUUCCUUGUUAGUCCCAUAUUUUAACUUUAGGAAUAGUAUCUUCCGCUACAAAUAAGGUACACUAUAUCUAAAGUGUUUCUCUUGUGUUACAUUAAAAUCCAUAUCAUAAUCAAGUGACUGUUAAUUGUUAAAAUUAUUUGAUGUAUACAGGCUUAGGUUACCAUGGUUACUGUUAAUAACAUGGUUGAUUGUGUAAACAUCUGUCCUAGCAUAUCGUUUAAGUUUGGUAAAGAAAAAAUGGCUGAGUCCUGUUGUGGGUGUUGUUUAAGCUUGUUGAAUAAACAUUGGUGCAGUUUCUAGUUACAUGUUUUGAUAUGAAAAUGGUUGAUAAAACCUACAAAAAUUUCGUUAAUAAACUGUUGUUAAUAUUUUUUACCAGUCCGAAGAUUGUUUUUGAUUGGUCAGGCUAUAGAGUUUGAGUUCAUGCUUGAUAAGGUACAAAUUUAAUGUAUAUCCUAUAUAUUUUUCAAGGGAAAUGUGUUUUUUUCUGAUAUUUUUUUCAAGUUAGAUUGUUGACCAUAUAUAUAUGUUGCUAUUUGAUCUGCUAAAAUUACCUUUUUUUAUUGCUGUUAACAUAAGGGGCCUUUCUUUGUUAAAUCUGACAUUUUUCCAUACUUGCCAAAAAAAAAGACAUACAAAAGUAUAAAAAAAACGUUUGUAAAGAAAUGGAAUGUAAUGUGCGAUUUUUUUGUAUGAGAAAAAUGUCGAAAAUUUGAUAUACUUAUAUAUUUAGGUAGAACGUUUUAGUGUCAGUGCUAAUUGUUAUUACGUUGUGUUGUUUUUUGUUGUUGCCUCAUUCCAUUAUCCGUUGCUAGGAAACAUUUUAUAAAAAUUCAGUUCUAUACUUUUUCUAGUAAAAAAAAUAUUGACAAAAUUAUGUUUUGCAGUAAUGAUAGUUUGAAUCAGACAUAUUUCUACAUUUUGUUAGAGCAUUUUCAAAUGUUUUGUGAAGAAAGAUUUAAAAUUUUGUAAUUUUUUGGGAAAAUAUUGUAAUACAAAUUUUUUUUUAAAGUUCAUAUUGAAAUCUUUUUCAGCUCAAAUUGUAAUACAACUUUUUUUCUUAUCUUUAUAUUAGAAAAAAAACAUGAACUUUUUUAAUUUGACAUUUUUAGGUAAACAAUAUUUCUAGAGAAUAAAAUAAAAAUUAAUGAAAUUUGAAUUUUUAGGUAUUUAUACAAGAUAAUGAAGAAUAAAUUAUUUUUUACAAAAUCGACUAAAAUUUGAUUGCUGUAAUUGCUGUCAAUUUUUUCUAAAAUAUUUAUCUUGUGGAAAGUUAUUGUUUAAAAAAAAAUGGCAGUUAGGUUGCAUGGUCCUACCUUGGAACUUAAUAAGGUUGUAUUAUUAGAAGUAAAUGUGUUAUAAACUGAAUGUGAUCUUUAAAGAUCCUAAAAGGAAACAAUUAAGAUGUUUCAUACAAAUUAUUAUUGAAAGGGGUUUUGCUUUGAAAUCAAAUAUUUGGCAUAUGUAUUUUAAACCUUUCAAGAAUUUAAAGAACUAAAAUCCAGGAAUAAAAAAAAUAUAAAAUGAAUAGAAUAAAAGUAAUCUGAUGAAGAAAUUUGGAAAUGUACAAAUAUUUUUAAUGAUCAGUUUAUAACAUAUUUUCUUUGUGUUGAUUUAAAAAAUGGCACAGAAAGAUAAAAUUGUUGGAAUACUUAUAAAAUACAGGUAUAGGGGUUCACCCCUUCAGUUUUUCUAUACCUUUCAUCAUUUUACAGAAAUGAAAUGACCUAGUUUUUGAACUUGUUUGGAUAAUGGUAAUUCAGUCAGCCUAUAUGCAUUAAAUUUACCAAUCAAUCAAAGAUGCCAAAAGUUGCUCCAUUUAAAAGACAAGUGAAGGUUAACAUGGUUAAACAGAAUACCCUUUAUAAAAAGUGGUAAUUUGUAGGUUUUCUACUAAAUAAAAUGUUAAGAAUGUUUUUGUAGUGUUUCAUCUCUCCUUGUUUCCUUGGUUACUCGAUAGUUAGAUAUAUAUUACAUAUAUAGAUAUAACAUGUAGAUUUAUUAUAAUAAUUUUUAUCAACAUAAUCAUUUGUUGAGAAAAUACUCAUUUUGUUGAACCAUUUAAACUAUUGGUUGUAAUCUUGUUGUUGCUUUUUACUGGAAAUCAAAUAUUAUUUAAAAUUUUGAACGUUUCGUAACUUAAAUGAAAGAAAGUGUGAAUUAAAGCUUUUACAGUAGAAGAAUUUUGAAUUGUAGAGUGAUUUGCUUGUAAAGUUAAUUUGUUCAGUGAAAGGCAUCAAUAACAUCUAUUUUUCAUCAUAUAUAACAUUUAUAUCAUAGCUUCAUCUAAUCAUCGUUGUUUAAUGCAAUGUUAAGUUUGGUAUCCAGGUUUUUUUGAUUAUUUUUUUGUUAAGUAGCAUUUAGAUUUUUGGUGUGUGUUAUGUUGUGUUAUGAGUAUAAAUUAUAUACUGAAGGCUUUAUUGAAUGAUUGUAUAAACAAAUCCCACCAUUCUGUCGAUCAAAACACUCUUGUAUUAAAAAAUCGUGACUUCAUUCAUUAUGUUUGUGAUAUGAUUGUGUCUCCUCUCCUCCGUCUUAUAAUACAAUAGUUUCUCACAGCAGACUUAAGGUCAAAAGGUCAAAGCCUGAAAUGAAUGAUACUUGAACAUCACUGAAAAUCUGUGCAUCAAUUUUGUUGUUAAGGAUUUAGCCUGGUUACCAUGGUAAUUUAUUUAUCACCUACAGAGACUUAGAUUUGUUUGAACAUGCAUUGUAAUAUAAGAAAUUUGUAAUGUGAAAAAAAAUUUAGUUUAAAAUAACUAAUAACAAUUUAAAAUGUGAAUAUAGAGUAAAAAGAAAGUGAACAUUUUGAAGUUUAAAAUUAGGAAAUGAUUUAAGCAAGUUCAGACAAGUCUCUCUGUAUUUUAACUGGUCACAUGAUUUUAGUCCUAUAUUUGGAUCAAGACCCAUAACUCAGGAGCUCAGCUAAUGGAUCUAAUUGAUCAGCUCAAACGAGUAUAUAGACCCUUUAUAGUGAUGCCCACUUCACCUUGUUAAGUUUUAUUUAAAUUAUUAUUUACAUGUUAUUUAAUUUAUUUAUUUAUUUAGUUUUAUAUAAACCUUGCCUACUGCAGGUUGACAUGGUGUAAUCUUUUCCUAUUUUGAUUUUAUUCCUUAACAAUGAAAUUUUUGGUAUUAAAUAGUUUUUUUUGGUCUUAAUAAGAUUUAAGAUUUUAUUCAUGCUGUAACGUGUGUUUUGGUAAAUAGCAACAAUGAUUUUGUUCUUUAUGUUUGGCAAAAUGCCAGGAGAAAUAUUGUGUAAUUACACAUAUGUUGCCUAGCAACACAGAUCAAUGCAUUAUCCAAGCCUAAAUGCAUGUGGACCUUAAAUGGAAUUUGAAUGCUGUUCAACAGAUUUUCAGCUUGUUAUCUUUGACUUGUACAUAUUAGAUUCUUUUGGUCAAUUCUGCCAGUUUAACUCAAAGAUCAAAUAUGAACAAAUUGAACUCGAUAUAAUUUGAUGACAAACUAGUAUAUUCAUAAGUGUCAUAUGAAACAAAGUCAUUUUCAAGUUAUUAAAUGUCAUAAUUUGUAAUGCAGAGUACGAGUCUUGUAGACCUGUUUACUUUUUGCAAUUUUUUUUAUCUGGAUAAAUGUUAACCCUUAUGAAAAUAUUGACAUUAUAAACGAAAUGAGACCAAACAGUAUAGAGGCUUCAAUGAUUGGCCAGUAUUUCAACCACAUUAAAGGAUGUUUUAUUUUGUCUUUAAACCUUUGUUUAGCCGUCCAUUAUAUAGUUUUUGUAUGCCCCCUUUUUUGAUGCAAGAGUAAAGUUGUGAAAUUUUUUUCAAACUAUGCAACAGUUGUUUUCAGUUACCAUAGGAACAGUUGUUGAUAUCAUUACCAUAGCAACAGUUGUUAUUGUUAAUUUUUAUCGUCAAAUUAUCGAACCAAAGUCAUUAUUUCAUUACCUACUUAUCAUAAUUCUAUCAAAAUAGGAGUGUAAAAAAAUUAAAUUAAGUAACCUAGAAAGUAAAAAAAAUAAUACAGAAAAUUGUAACAAAGGUCGUUUAAAAUGUUUACUGGACCAUCCAUGGGUGAAAGAUUAAAGAUAAUCUGACAGUUUUUCUUAUUUUGGUCAUAUGCAAUUGUUAACAAACUUUUAAAAUGAGUACAUUAUUUUCUUAUUCUAUAAAAGUUCUUUCACCCAUGAGAAAUAUAUUAUCUUAUAAUAACAUAGGCAUUCUUUUCUCUUCUGAAAAUGUAUUUUAAAAGUUUUUUCUUGGGUUAUAAUGUUGCAUUUCAGAACACAUUCCAGUUCACAUCAUAUAAAUUAAAACGGUGCUCUCAUAUUGUUGUAGGGGAUUGUUGUUAGAAUAAAGUGUUCACCAUCUUGUUAAUCCUUGUUCAAACAUCAUUCUCAUUUCUGUUAGGAAUCAAACGGUAGACAAUAGAAAUAAGUAUUAAAAAAUUAAAACAUAUUUCAUCUAAAUAGGGAACUGUUUAUCUAAUUACAAAGAGUUGUCUCCCAUCAAAAAGCCACUUUGUCAGUAAGUGGAGCAUUCAUUGUAGUUGGAAGAACAAACCCUCAUGUUAUUGCAAUAGUAGCCUUGAAUCUUAAUAUUAAACGUUUUUGUAUGAUUUCAUUUCUUAAUACUGAAUUUUGUAAUGAAAGACAUAAGUUCUAGGUUUAAAUUAAAGGGAAAAACCAGCUGGAAUUUCAUCCAAUAAGGUCCCAAUUAUGCAUUUUGUGCAGCCCUGUAAUUUACCCAGGAUGCAAUAGCUUUGUGUAUUGUUGAAGAUUGAUCUCUUUUUAUAUUACUUUGAUGUAACAGAAUGUACAAUUUUUAAUCACAAGUUUUGUUAUGAGUGUAAAACUGAAUGGUAUUCAAUAAAGUAUUUUGUUUGCUUCAA